AUCAGUCUGUGAAACUGAGCAGCAUCAGAGGACACCUGUCUUUACCUGAAGGACACCUGUCUCUCCUGCGUGUCCCUGGACUCUGUCUCACCUGGUUAUAUCCACUUGGCCUGUGACGUCAUGUCUCCAUGACAGUUUUCACCAUGUUGAAAUUAAGGAGCUCGUCUCUGAGAUCAGCUGCGGCACUGCUCUCACCUGCAGCUGCCGCACCUGCUGCUGCUGCUCAGCCUCGUGUGCACCUCGCCACCGGCCCCCAACAGGCACACCCGACCUUCUAUGAGUUCCGUACCUACAACAUCCGUCCUGACCAGAACGCCGCCUUCCUCAAACUGACCACUGAGAAGAUCCACCUGCGCACCGCCCACUCCGAGCUGAUUGGCUACUGGAGCGUCGAGUACGGUGGCCUGAACAAAGUCUUCCAUAUAUGGAAAUAUGACAGUUACUCUCAGCGGACAGGUGUUCGGGCAGCCCUGGCUCAGGACCCCUCCUGGAUCUCGGAGUACAUCUCCAAGGCGAUGCCGAUGUUGACGUCUCAGGACAACGAGGUCACGUACCUGGUUCCCUGGAGCCGCCUGCAGAGCCCGCCACAGGAGGGAGGUGUGUACGAGCUGGUGUCCUAUCAGAUGCGUCCCGGAGGUCCGGCGGUUUGGGGCCAUGCCUUCCAGGCUGCCAUCACCGCCCAUGAUGCACCGGGGUAUGGCAACCUGGUGGGAGCUUUCCACAACGAGUUUGGCCGCAUGAACAGAGUUCACGUCCUCUGGUGGUUCGAGAGCGCCGACCAGCGAGCUGAAGCUCGACACAAAGCUCACACUGACGCCAGAGUGGUCGCUGCAGUCAGAAACAGUGUCGCUCACCUGGACUCUCAGGAGAACAAACUCAUGUUUCCCUGCUCCUUCUCUCCGAUGAAGUAACUUCCUGUCCUGUGUCUCCACGGCAACAGAGACAAACGCUGUUACAUGCUGUACAACUGCUCUGAUACCAGAGAGUCCAUCAGCACAGCGCAUGUGGUGCAUGGACACAUUAAAAACUCCAAACUAACACUGUCGGUCACACGUCCUUCAGAUCCUCUCAUCGUCACAGCAGUCAGAUAAAUGUGUGUGUUUGUCUGUGUGCGUGUGUGUGUGUGUAUGUGUGUCUGUUACUUGAGUACAUUAACAAGGUCGACCUCUUAUUGUACAGACAGGAAGGAGUCUCUCAGAAUAAAAACACACUCAGUGUGAAGGUCAUGAUGUCACUCAGGUCGACAACAUGUUGCAACAAAUUACAGAUUCUCAUCCGACACAGAAUCAAACGUGCCUUUAUCAUCAUGUGAAGUAUCUCACAGACAACACGCCACUGAGUUCACCUGUUAUUUUGCCUCUGAGACUAUCACAUGGUUAAUAAACUUUUUUAAUGAAAAGUAUUUUUUAACUGCCCCGAGUGACGUCAUCAUGGCUGACAUCUCAUUUAGAGAUAAUUAACAUUAAAUUAACAUUAAUAAUUCAGUAGAUGUACUUAUUUGGUCAUUAACAAACCCAUCAAUCAGUGUGAGUGUGUGAGCGACAGCAGCGUCCAAUCCUGUGAGUCAGUGGGCGGGGCUUCUUGAUGGUUUAAACAUAACUGACAGAACGUUAAAUCUGAGCUGUGAACUUAUGAAUGAAAAAAUAAUAAACUGAGACGUGAAUAUUUGU